AUGUCCCAGCAAACACAUCCAAACCCAAUGCAACCUGAGGCGGCUGUUGUGAGCGAGGAGAGGAUAGAAACCCCUCCUGCUGCACGAGCCAUUGCAUCGGGGCCGCUUGCAAAACAGAAGCCGCGACAAACCGUUUCAUUCGAUGUGCCCCCACCAACACCUCCCCCGGUUUUCGAAUGGAGGAAUGCGCCCGCAGCACGGCUAGAGUCGACCGAUUUCGACUUCCAGCAUAUGGACAUCAAUCGAAGCAAAGCCUGGUGGGAGGCAGGCGAUGUCAAGGAUCGCAGAAAAAGCAGGGCUCUCCCCAAAGAUUACCAAACCCCAGCUCAAAAACUCACAGGCGUAACCAAGCACAAGAAUUUUCAGCCACGACUAUUCCUGAGAUGUGGUCCAUUGCUCAGAUACACAGGCAUUAAGAAGCUCAAAACUGACGGACCCCACGGGCCCAUUGAAAAGGAAUUUUGGCGUGGCUCUAUCAUGAUUGUCACGAAAGACACUCGUUCUUCUUAUGAGACACCCCCAACUUUAAGAUUAUUUUCCCAGCCCAUGGAUCUCCUACCCCCUCCGCCAGUCGAGGUCAGUGGUGAGAAUGGAGAACUAGCUCCUGAAUAUGUUGAUCCAACAGCUGGCCUUAUGAAAGUCGGCCGGGAUGGACGGCCACUGUAUGUCAAACCAGUUGAUCACCUCGAGGAGCAGGUUGAUCUCUCGUCCGUGGAGAAUGACGAUGGCAUUUAUGAGCUGUCACCCAGUAUAAUUGACUACAGCCCAGGAGGGGCUAAGCAACCUAUUCCGUCGAACAGGAUCCAUCCCAUUGAUGGUGAAACGGCGGGACUGCUUCGAGAUGUUGCUGGAGUUCGUCUUUAUGCUGAUGCCGCGAGGGAUGUAACAUUCUGGAGAUUCAACUUGGAGAUCGAGCUCAGUGCAACGCAACAACGCAUUGCCUACCGCAUUAACCAAGGCCCUGCCCUGGGCUUCUGGGUGCCCGCCAUUCACCAGCCUAUGAAUAUCAUGUUCCACAGCGGUAAUGGAUUUGGUCCUUCUGUCAACCCUGACCAUCUCUGCGGGCCUGAUCCACUCUGGCGUGAUGUUCUUAAUGAGCACCAGACUCGACCGUUCCAUGUGAUGAUCGGCGGAGGUGACCAGAUCUUUAAUGAUUCAGUCAUCACAGACUCGCCCUUCUUCCAGGAGUGGAUGAAGAUCAAGAAUGCCGCGGAGAGAUAUGGCGCUCCACUGACGGCUGAAUUCCGCGCCGAGCUGGAAAAGUUUUAUCUGGAGCGCUAUGCAUCCUGGUUCUCUCAAGGUCUUUACUCCCUCGCCAACUCCCAGAUUCCAAUGAUCAAUAUUUGGAAUGAUCACGAGAUUUUCGAAGGGUUUGGCUCUUAUCAUGAAGAAUUCAUGAAGAGCGCUGUUAUCUCCGGCUUGGGCAAGAUUGCGUUUAAGUAUUAUCUCUUAUUCCAGCACCACAGUGUUCCGGAGGAGACCGAGGUAGAAGAGCCCAGCUGGCUGUUCGGUGCUCACCCCGGUCCCUACAUUGAAGAGAGAAGUCGUAAUCUAUUUAUGUCUCUUGGUGGCGAUAUCGUAUUCUUAGGUCUGGAUUGCCGAACUGAACGACAGAGUCAUGAGGUCCUGAAUGCAGAUACGUGUGAUACCAUCUGGGACCGAUGCCACCGUGAGAUCAUAAAGGGUGAAACCAAGCAUUUGAUUGUGCUUUCGAGCGUGCCAAUCGCCUAUCCUCGAGUGGCCGUGCUCAAGAAUUACAUGAACAGCCGCAAGUCGUUAGGCAAAGCUGGCAUGCUUGGUGGACUUGUAAACCGGUCCGGUGGUAAAAUUGAAGUUUUCGAUGACCACUGGGCUGGAAAGCAUCUCAAAUCGGAGCGCACGUGGUUGGUCGAGGAUCUACAGGACCUGGCAGCAGAGAAGUCUGUGAGGGUCACAAUAUUAAGUGGUGAUGUGAGCCUAGCCGCAAUAGGACAGUUCUACUCAAAUCCCAAACUGGAUGUUGCCAAAGAUCGAGAUUACCGAUAUAUGCCGAACAUCAUUUCCUCAGGCAUCGCAAAUAUGCCCGAAGCAAAUCUACUGGCGGAUAUGCUCAACAAGCGCAACACAGUCCAUCAUAUGGACUCAAACACAGAUGAGGAUAUCAUCCCUAUCUUUACACAAGAUGUGGAUGGUAAGCCCCGAAAUAAUAAGCGUCUACUCCCCAGACGCAAUUGGUGUUCCAUCCGAGAAUAUCUUCCAGGAUCGACCCCGCCUGGAACCCCGGAGUCAGAAAUGACUCCAACCCCCGAGCCUCGUCCCGGAAAGCUCCAGCGGACUUUGUCACUGGGACACGGUGACAAGGGAGGUGGCGAGAAACCCCAGGGUCUUCUCCGACGCUUAUCGAUCAGAAAGGCAGGUCCACCUACACGAACGAUGAGCUUUGGACAGGAGGGAGCCGGAAGCCAGGACAGACGAGCCAGUGUCGACGUCCCCUUCCCCCGUCCCAACGAAGGUGGAGAUAGUUAUUUCCCUGGAUCCCCACAAGAAGAGCCUCGACCAGGCCAGUUUCAUCGACGACCCACAAAUCUCAGCUUAAAAGCUUCUAAGAAAGCAGCCAAACACGGAAACGAUGGUGUGGGCGCCUUUGUCAAUCUGGAAGGUGGCCUGGCUAUCACCUUGAACCUUGAGAUAAGCUCUCAAGAUCCGUCUGGCAUUACCGUGCCAUAUAAGCUGCUUGUACCAGCACUCCGCCACGAAGGAACUGAUUAUGACCCCCAACCGACACCAAUCGUCAAAGGCUGGCGGAAGUGGCUGAACAUGCCGCGUCGCAAGAGAAACAACAACGAAGAGGAGGCAGAAGACGAUGAGGAAGAGGACGAUUACGAAGACCAUGACACAAUUAACAAUACCCGCGCCAAUGCUGCUGCCACCCACCCACAGUACGAAGGAUAUUCCGGAAGCGAAGAGGACUCGGAAGGGAAGUUCCCCAGCGAUUGCCUCCAGAAGCCCUGGCUGGUUCGUCCCCAGAGGAAGACGAGGAGCCUGAUCCCAGUCGACCACGGAAAAAGUGGUUUGGCAUGA